GUUACAAAAAAUAUAACAGUAAUAUAACAAUUACAUAAUUUACAUCACGAUUAUAUAUAUGUUAUAUAAUUAUUCGCUAACUUUGUUAAGAGUAUAUAACAUGUUACAUACGUAUUAUAUUCACGUUAUAUAAUUGUAACAUGUGUGAGUAGGAAAUUACUACUAACGUGUAUAUAACCUAGUACAUCUAUGUAAUAUUGCGUGUUACAUUCCGUUUUAUUACGGUAAUGUAAUAGUUAUAUAUCCGUGUUUGCUAGGUAGUCAGUCAGUUAUAACAAUCAGUAAUAUUAUAACAUAAGUUAUGACGAGUCCAACGCUAUAUCUUUCUCAUGCUGAUCAUACUGAUCUGCAAAAUGGCAAAAUAUCGUGCCUAAUGAGCGAGUUUGACGAGGAGUUGAUGAAAAUGUCCGGAAAAUGCAUGGACAUCGGUUGCGGUCCCGGAAGUGUAACGAAGGAACUACUCCUACCUGCCCUAAACGCAAACGUGAAGUUGAUAGGUACGGACAUCUCAGAGAAGAUGAUCGAGUACGCGAAGAACGCUUACAGGGAGGAGAAACGCUUGGACUUCGAAGUGCUGGAUAUUCAAACGAAGAAUCUGCCGGAGAAAUACGUCUCUAACUUUGACAACGUGUUCUCGUUCUAUACUUUGCAGUGGUGCAACGACAUCCGACAGUCAUUUGAAAAUAUCUAUCGCAUGCUUCGUCAUGGUGGAACUAUGCUUAUACUUAUGGUACCGUCUGACCCUGUAUUCGGCAUUUUCCAAAUGCUGAUUAAUGAUAUUCGCUUUUCAUCGUAUUUACAAGGCGCGGAGAAAUCUCUUCCGGCAUAUCAGAAUGUUGCCGAACCACACAAACAUGUAAAAGACUUGCUUAAAGACAUUGGAUUUGAGGUUUACCAUUGCAGUUGUAGAGAUAACGUAAACAUAAUUAAGAGCAGAGAAGUUUUUUUAAUACGUUCUGACGCGCUCGAGCCACCCAAGGCAGAUAGGAUUACCAAGGACUCGGGGACCCUAAAAAUUGGCAUCCACCAUGAAGCGACGGUGGCGCAAAGAUCCGUAGCUACAUUCUCCAGAAGAAAGCGAAGGGCGACGACGACUGGUCAGAUGUAAAUGGGGCGCCGAUACCAAGCAACGUAUACCGUACCAAAGCUGAAGAAAGGCGAAGAGUAUCUGUUCAGAGUGUUUGCGGUGAAUAACGUCGGUAGCAGUGAUCCAAGCCGACCUAGCAAUCCCAUUGUCAUUGAGGAACAACCCAACAAACCGGUCAUGAACCUCGGUGGCGUUCGCGACAUCACUGUUCGCGCUGGCGAGGACUUCUCCAACCACGUCCCUUACAUUGGCUUCCCCAAACCGACUGCUACGUGGUUCGCCAACGAUGUCGUUAACGACGAAACUGAUGCGCGCGUGCGUCAACAACUGGCCGAUCAUUUCGCUAGUCUGGUUGUGAAGACGGCACGGUAAACACAUUAUUGUACGAAUCGACAAUGGAAACAAAAUUAUAUAAAUCACGAAAUGUUGUGUGUGUACUCGAGUACGCACACACACAACACACUUUACGGGCACAUCGCAGUAGCAUUUGAAGAGAAGAAACAGAAGUAGGGGAAAAAGGUAUUCGUACGAUGUCGAAUCGGCCGAGCGCGAUUUUCUCGGAGAGACCGCCAGCAUCCUCCAACAUCCGAAUACGUCUUCAACAUCCAAGAAUCUCGCCAGGAGAAUCCCUCGGACGCUAGUAAACCACAGAACGUACAUGUGAUGCCACCGCGAUGUGCCGCCCUAUUCCACGUUAAUGGUAUGCACUGUCGUGUUAUACUUGUUUGAAGACUGCUUUCGUCAGAAAAUCUAUGAUGAAAUAAAACGCGUAUGAUUUAAAAUAAA